GGAAAAUCGAGCCAGAGAGUUCAUAACAGAGCACUCGUUAAGCAGAGAUGUACUCACAGUACUGGAACACGGCUCAGCGAUGCGGGCCGGACUACAGGAGAUACACGGUGGUGGAGGGGGACACGCCUCUUCCUCUGGGCUCUACGUGUCGCAGGAAGCGCCUUCACUCUGCAGGAGAGGAUGAGGAGGAGGAGGUGAGGAGGAGCUGCGCAUCUCGGCCCAAUCCCGAAGGCUCCCUGUCGGCCGGCGAGCUGAGCCGCUAUGGGAAGCCUGAGGAGGAGGAGCUACGUAGACUGUGCCAGCGCUGCCACAUCAUGGCGUCCCAGCUGAACCGACAGGCUGCUGCUCUGGCUGACACCACAGCGCUGAAGGACCCGGCCUAUGCCUCCUUCCUCUUUAAUAAGCUCCAGCGUCUCCAGUUGCCUUGCUGCAUCCGCCAUGCUUCUAUCGAAGCCCACUGUGACGUAUGCGGUGCCUCCUUCCAGCAACUAAGGCGCCUCGCUCUGCGGCGGGCUCUGGGCGUCAGCAGGGAGAUGGCACCACGCCUCGCUGCUCCCAGCGCUGCCCCAAUCUCAGAGAGCAGCUGGGUCUGCGACGAGCUGCCAGUGAAGCAGCAGAGAUGGAAGCACAAGGAGCAGCAGCAGGAGGGCGGAGCCCCAUGGAGAUCAAGCAUAGUGCAGAGCACCUACCUCGGUGGGGGCGGAGCUAAAGGGCUCGCCACAGUAACGCCCCUUCCCCUGAACCCAGCUCAGAACCUGGAGGGGGUGUGGAGGGUCUCCUGCUGCACACCUGAGCUCCAACACAGUACGGGUCUGACUGCAGAUGGAGGUCAUCUGACCGUGACGGAUACAGCCCAGAACGUUCCCGUUAAACCAGCAGCCCACAGCAUCGGCACCCAAACCAGCCAGCCGCCGUCUGCCGCCGCCGCCUUCUUGAUCAGGGCGGCUCACAAGCUCAGUCUGUCCCGCAGGAAGAAGUCCCCGCCCGGCUCUGCCUCCCCGCCCGGCCAGUCCCCGGGACCGCUGCUUUACACUGGGGGCUUCAGCGGGGCCUUGCAGCUCUCCCCGCCUGCCAUCCCACCAUGUCUCCUUCGAGCUGGAUCAAAGGUCAAGGACACGCCGGGGAUGGGAAAGGUCAGAGUCAUGGUCCGGAUCUGCUCGGUCCAGGGUGAGUCCUCGGAGUCCAUGUCCUUCCUGAAGGUGGACGGCAGGAAGAAGCAGCUCAUGCUGUGCGAGACGUCGGCCCAGAGACGGUCCUCAGCCUCAGCGCCAAAGACCUUCACCUUUGAUGCCAUCUUCUCGCAGGACGCCUCCCAGGUGGAGCUCACAGAGAGCAGAGAGCCACAACAGAGAAAGUUGAUAACCACAGUGAUGAUACCCAUGACCUCUGACUGA